AUGUUUCUUAUGGGUUGUUUCUUAAUGAGAUCAAGUGCAAGAAAUUUGUCUGAAAAACAGAGAAGCGACGUCAGCAGUUUAAUGGCCUUCAAGCAAUCCUCGAUUGAAGCUGACCCAAAAGGGUUCUUGAAAAACUGGGCUCCAUCUUCUUCAACCCCAUGCUCAUGGAGUGGUAUUUCAUGCUCUGAUGAUGGUACAGUCAUUAAACUUGACUUCACCAAUGCUGGCCUAAGUGGCCACCUUCAAUUUUCUGAUCUAAUGGCCUUGCCUAAUCUUGCAAAUAUUCAAUUUAGCGGCAAUUUUUUCAGUGGAAAUAUUUCUUCAAAUGCUAAAUAUUGCAGCUUUGAGUUUCUUGAUUUGUCUCGCAACAAUAUUUCACAACCCCUUGCUGCAGAGCCUUUGCUACGCUCUUGUAACGGGCUUGUUUCUUUGAAUCUCUCACACAACCAAUUUUCCGGUGAAAUUCCGGGUACUUUCAUAACCUACUCGCCGGAAUCUUUGAAAAUUCUUGAUCUUUCACAUAAUAACUUCACCGGAAAUUUCAUGUCUGUUGAUUUUGGCACUUGUCGUAAUCUCACUGUACUGAACUUGUCCUAUAAUAGUCUUUCUGCUACUGGAUUUCCAACUAGCCUAACAAAUUGCCAAAGUCUUGAGAUUUUCGACAUCAGCCACAAUGGAAUCGAACUUAAGAUUCCAGGGAACUUGUUAGGGAAGCUUAAGAAUUUGAGGCAAUUGGCAUUAGCCCACAAUAAGUUUUCCGGGGAGAUUCCGGCAGAAUUGGGGCAAAUUUGCGGGACACUUGAGGAGCUUGAUCUUUCAGGGAACCAGUUAAUUGGGGAACUCCCUUUGAAUUUUGCGUCGUGUUCUUCACUUUUCGGUCUCAAUAUUGGUAACAAUCAACUCUCGGGCGAUUUUCUUAGUACUGUCGUCAGUUUCCUUACAAAACUCAAGUUUCUGUAUGUUCCAUUCAAUAACAUAACUGGUCCUGUGCCGGAAUCUUUGACAAACUGUACUCAGCUUCAGGUUCUGGACCUUAGUUCAAAUUCCCUGACAGGGAAUGUACCUUCUGGAUUUUGCUCGAGAACUUCAGAUUCUGCUCUAGAGAAGUUGUUACUGCCGAAUAAUUAUCUCACCGGGACAGUGCCAUCCCAGCUUGGACAGUGCAGAAACCUGAAGACAAUUGAUCUCAGCUUCAAUAGCCUAAGUGAUUCGAUUCCGAUGGAAAUCUGGGAAUUGCCUAAGCUUUCGGACGUGGUUAUGUGGGCUAAUAACCUGACGGGUGAAAUUCCAGAAGGCGUUUGCAUCAAAGGAGGAAAUCUUCAGACACUGAUUCUCAACAAUAAUCUCAUUACUGGAACUCUUCCCAAGUCCAUUGUCAAGUGUAGUAAUUUAAUUUGGAUUUCGUUGUCUAGCAACCGGAUUACUGGAGAAAUACCUGCGGAUAUUGGGAACCUUGUUAACCUUGCUAUCCUUCAGUUGGGGAACAAUUCUCUUAGUGGAGUAAUCCCACAAAGCAUUGGCAAUUGCAAGAGUCUGAUAUGGCUUGAUUUGAACAGCAAUGAGUUGACUGGUUCUAUUCCAGUCGAGCUUGCUGAACAAUCCGGUCUUCUUGUUCCUGGAAUUGUUUCAGGAAAACAAUUUGCAUUUGUGAGAAAUGAGGGCGGGACAGAAUGCAGAGGUGCUGGAGGACUAGUUGAAUUCGAGGGAAUUCGUGCAGAUAGGCUGGCAAUUUUUCCCAUGGUUCACUCAUGCCCAUCAACGAGAAUAUACUCUGGUGUCACGGUUUACACUUUUACAAGCAAUGGCAGCAUGAUCUACUUUGAUCUUUCCUAUAAUCACUUGUCAGGAACAAUCCCUGAAAACUUGGGUUCGAUGAGUUUUUUGCAGGUUCUGAAUUUGGGACACAACAGCUUAACAGGAUCUAUACCCUUCAGCUUUGGAGGUCUAAAGGCUGUUGGAGUUCUUGAUCUCUCACACAAUAAUCUUCAGGGUUUCGUCCCAGGGUCAUUAGGGAGCCUCUCAUUUCUCAGCGAUCUUGAUGUUUCCAACAACAACCUUACGGGGACAAUUCCUUCAGGUGGACAGUUGACUACAUUUCCAGCUUCCAGAUAUGAUAAUAAUUCAGGCCUUUGUGGGGUUCCCCUGCCUCCUUGUGGCUCUGGAAAUGGACAUCAUUCACCGAGCUUUUCUAGUCGAGGGAAGAAGCAAAGUAUUACAUUAGGCAUGGUCAUUGGCAUUAUGUCGUCUCUGGUUUGUAUAUUCUUGCUCAUGUAUGCACUUUACAGGGUUAAGAUAACGCAACACGAGGAGGAAACCAGAGAAAAAUAUAUUGAGAGCCUCCCAACCUCUGGUAGCAGCAGUUGGAAACUCUCUAGUGUGCCCGAGCCUCUAAGCAUCAAUGUGGCAACAUUUGAAAAGCCUCUACGGAAGCUCACAUUUGCACAUUUGCUCGAAGCCACCAAUGGUUUCAGUGCUGAUAGCUUGAUUGGGGUGUCGGAUUUUGGAAUGGCGCGACUUGUGAAUGCCCUCGACACUCAUCUAAGUGUGAGUACACUGGCCGGGACCCCAGGUUAUGUUCCUCCAGAGUAUUAUCAGAGUUUCAGGUGCACUACCAAAGGAGACGUCUAUAGUUACGGUGUUGUAUUACUUGAACUUCUAUCUGGGAAGAGGCCAAUCGACCCAUCUGAAUUUGGGGACGACAACAAUCUUGUUGGAUGGGCAAAACAGCUGCAUAGAGAUAAGAGAAGUCAUGAAAUACUGGAUCCUGAAUUAAUAACAAAUGUAUCAGGUGAUGCUGAACUAUACCAUUAUCUUAAGAUUGCUUUUGAAUGUCUAGAUGAUAAGCCUUAUAGGAGGCCAACUAUGAUUCAAGUGAUGGCCAUGUUUAGAGAGCUACAGGCAGAUUCAGAAAGUGAUAUUCUUGAUGGGAUUUCAGUGAAAAAUUCAGUAAUUGAUGAAUCACAAGAAAAGGUUCCUUAG